AUGGUCACACAGGCACGGUCACACAGGCACAGUCCCACAACCAUGGUCACACAACCAGGGUCACACAACCAUGGUCACACAACCAGGGUCACUCAGGCACGGUCACACAGGCACAGUCACACAACCACAGCCAAAAAGGAAUGGUCACACAACCACGGUCACACAACCAUGAUCACUCAGGCACGGUCACUCAGGCAUGGUCACACAACCAGUCACACAACCACAGGCACAGUCACGCAACCCCAGUCACACAACCAUGGUAACACAGGCACUGUCACACAUCCACAGUCACACAGGCACUCAAACAGGACUGUCAAACAGGCACAGUCAUACAACCAAGGUCCCACAGGCACGGUCACACAACCACAGUCACACAACCACACAGCCACUGUCACACAACAACGGUCACACAAACAACCUGUCAAGAAUGACUAA